GUUUAAUUUGUUAGAAAUGCAAAGCAGGAAUGCCUCUGUUUCGUUGGCGAAUUUGCUGCAAAAUUGCAUAGAUCAUAGAGCGUACAAGGCAGGAAAAAUAAUUCAAGCUCAGAUUUUUCGCACCGGCCAAAUUUCAAAUACUUUUCUGGUGAACCGCCUGAUUGAGCUAUAUUCAAAAUGCGGCCGCACGUCAGCCGGCCGCCUCCUGUUCGACCAAAUGCCUUUGAGAAACAUAUUCUCCUACCACGCUAUUUUAGAUUCUUACUGCAAAUUAAAUGAUGUCGAUAAUGCAUAUCAAGUGUUCGAUCAAAUGCCGGAAAGGAACUCCGUUUCUUGGAACUUGAUUAUCAGUAUGCUGUCAAGAAAUGGUCUUGAAGAUAAGGCCUUGGUGAGUUACUACGCUAUGAGGUUGAAUGGUUUCGUGCCCACCCGCUUCACGUUGGCCAGUGUUUUGAGUGCUUGUGGGGGUUCGGGCAAUGUGGAGUGUGGCAGGGAGUGCCAUGGACUUGCUACCAAGCUCGGACUUAGCGCGAAUUUGUACGUUGGGAAUGCUUUGUUGGGAAUGUAUAUGAAGUGUGUUUCUAUAGAAGACGCGAUAAUGGUUUUUGAGGACUUGCCGGAGCAUAAUGAGGUCUCAUUCACUGCAAUGAUGGAGGGGUUAGUAGGAGCUGAUCGCAUGGAUGAAGCAUUUGACAUGUUUAGAUUGAUGCAACGAGAGAGGAUCAUAGAUUGUGUCUCGCUUUCAAGUGUAUUGAGUGUUUGUUCCAAAUGUGAAUUCGGUGAUGGCAAUGAGGGGAAAAGGCAUGUGAUGCACGGGGAACAGAUACAUGGACUACUUGUUAAAGUUGGUUUUUUGGGAGAUCUGCACGUAAACAAUUCGUUGCUUAACAUGUACGCGAAGCUUGGGUGUAUGGAGUGUGCAGAGACAUUGUUCAACAGUAUGUCAAAAGUCAGUGUUGUUUCAUGGAAUAUUAUGAUCGCGGGAUAUGCCAAGCAAUAUCAUUUGCAGAGGGCUAUCGAGUGCAUGGAGAAAAUGCAGAGUUGUGGGUUUGAACCUGAUGAGGUAACUUGUGUCAAUAUGCUAGCUGCCUGCUUGAGAAGUGGUGAUGUUGAAACUGGGCUAAACAUAUUCAAUAAUAUGUCUGCGCCAAGUUUGGCCUCGUGGAACGCAAUUCUAUCAGGCUAUUCUCAGAACGAAAACCACAGGGAGGCGGUGAUGCUUUUCAGAGAGAUGCAGUUCAGAAGAGUGAGGCCUGAUCGAACUACUUUUGCUAUAGUUCUCAGUUCUUGUGCUGCCAUGGGGCUUUUAGAGGGUGGAAAGCAGAUUCAUGCUGCCUUGUGGAAAGCUGAGCUUUCGACGGACUUGUAUGUUACCAGUGGACUCAUUGCUGUUUACUCAAAAUGUAGUAAAAUAGAAGUGGCAAAAGUUAUCUUCAACAUGGCUCCCAAAUAUGAUAUAGUAUGCUGGAAUUCUGUGUUGGCAGGUUUAUCCCUUAAUUCAAUGGAUGCAGAAGGUUUUAACUUUUUCAGGCGAAUGCUAGGUGAAGGGAUGUUGCCGACUGAAUUUUCUUAUGCUAGUGUCCUGAAUUGUUGCUCGUCUCUGUCAUCUCUCUCACAAGGGAGACAGAUUCACGGUCUAAUAGUGAAAGAAGGACAUGCUGAUAAUGUUUAUGUCGGAACUGCUCUGGUUGAUAUGUACAGCAAGUGUGGCGAUGUGGAUGGGGCCAGAGGGUUCUUUGAUAUGAUGCCACGUAAAGAUUUAGUUACCUGGAAUGAGAUGAUACAUGGUUAUGCUCAAAAUGGGCGCGGAGAAGAUGCUGUUGAUUUGUUUGGGAACAUGAUGGAAGCUAGUAUUGAACCUGAUCACAUAACCUUUGUUGCUGUCUUAACCGCCUGCAGUCAUUCUGGAUUAGUAGAUACUGGUUUGAAGCUGUUCAAAUCAAUGCAACAAGAAUAUGAUGUAAAGCCACUUAGUGAUCACUAUACUUGCAUAGUCGACACCCUGGGGCGUGCUGGCCGGUUCAAUGAAGUUGAAGAAAUCAUAGAAAAAAUGCCGUGCAGAGAUGAUCCUAUUGUUUGGGAGGUUUUGCUCAGCUCUUGUAGGGUUCAUGCCAAUAUAAACUUGGCAAGAAGGGCUGCGGACGAGCUUUUCCGGUUGGACACCGGUAAUUCUGCCCCUUACUCCCUCCUAGCCAAUAUGUAUUCGUCAUUAGAUAGAUGGGAUGAUGUUAAAGAUGUUCGAGAUAUAAUGGGAAGGCAGCAGGUUUCGAAAGAAGCAGGUUACAGCUGGGUUUGAAACAUGUGAUAUAUCCGAGGAAGCAGGUUGUGGUCAGAAAUGGAGACCUGACCGCAGUUGAGCUGUUGAAGGAGAUGCACUGCCUCUAAAUUUCACCUGCAGCUUGCAAGAUCAACACUGAAUGCAAAAGGCUCCACUGAGAUCAGAUUGCAGUUUUCUUCUAUAUAGUUGGUAAGUUUAGUGGUAACUACACAAGUUGGCCAAACUGAAAUUACGACACUAAAAUUUUGGAAAUUCAAGCCACUGUCUAUUUAAACGCUCA